AUGGUUCAGCGAGACGACAUCCGCGACAUCGACUUGUCCCUUCGCUUCAAGCACGGCAAGCACACAGUCUUCUUGUUCGUCGACCCCAUGCAGCCGUUCAGUAAUCUCCAACAAGAGUUGCUGGAUAUCCUGAAGGAACGGUAUCCUGAUGGGUUGACAACGGCCGUGGAACCCCCCAAGCAGACCCAAGUCCCGGAUGAUCCUUCACGCAUCAUCUUCGCCACGCCCAAGACGCCUUUGGAUCUCAGCCAGGGAUGGAAACCUCUCGAUGUCGGUGAGGACGACACUCCGGUCAGCAAGGGCCUCAAGAAUGGCGGAAUUGUUGCAUUCGCUAUAAGAUCUGAGGAAGCCGACGAAGAUGAGGACGUCGCAUUUGAAGUCGAGGUCCCCGUCUACGAUGAGGAAGAGUAUGUGGAGGAGCAAUGA